AUUGAUCCUAUGACGCAUGCCCGGAAGAAACAACUUUUCCUUCUGAAGCACCCAGCUGGUUCUGCUGGCCAGACUUCCUCACCGACAGGCAGCAGCAGGAUGGAGAGGGCUGAGGCUGAGUGUGAUGAGCAGCAAGACGGAGGUGGCAGCGAGGCCCCAGCCUGUCCCAGCGGCUGCCUGGGGACCAGCAAGGCCAAGGGCCUGCACGAAGUGCGCAAGACCUACCCCCUGCGGCGCCGGCUGCUGCCCUCAGUCAGCAAGAAGACCUGCAAGGUGCUCCUCACCAGGCUGGAGGACGUGGCUGUCUCCCUGUCAAAGCAGGCCCAGAGCUGCCAAAAAAAGGACCUUCCCAGCUGGAUGGAAGGCUUGGGACCUGCACUCUUCCCCGAGCCCGUGGGUGCAGGGAAGAGGAGGGAUUCCUCCGGGGAGAAGUUCAGAGACAGUGCUGCGGGAGUGGGGCAGGAGCCCCGGAAGCGCCGCCUGGCCUCGCUCAACGCCGAGGCGGUGAACAACCUGCUGCUGGAGCGCGAUGAGGCCGCGUGCCCCGGCCGGCGCCUCCGCAGGGACCCGGCCCGGGUGGACUGCAUGCCCAGGGGCUUGCCCUGCAAGGCUGGGGACAGCUGGCCCACAAUGGGCAAGGCGGCGCUGGCCAGACCAGGCAGGGUCAAGAGCCGGCAUGAGCACAGCCAGAAGUGUGGCAGCUGCGACCAGGUGCCGAGUGAGGGCUUGGAGGAUGGGGCAAAGAGGGAGGAUAGGGCCAUCCCCUACCAUCCCACCCCAAAGAGGCUGGCCAGCCUGAAUGCCACAGCCUUCCUGAAGCUGACUCACGAGAAAGACCAACCCCUGAAGCCAAGGAGUAAAUCAGACGGAGACGGCAAGUCCGAGAACCACUGCUUGAAGUCAGUGCUCAAAUGGGCCAAAGCUGGUAGGAAGAACUGUGUCAAGGCCAAGAAGGAGGUGGCUGGUUUGAAAGUGGAGGGUCAGCGUGGCUGGCAGGGACUUGCUCUAGGAGCUUUUGGGAAAGGAGAGCAGCAGGACUCCUCUAGGCUCUAUGGGACAGUGGAGCCUGUCCCUUACGAGUCGCUGUCUAGCUCCUAUGCCAGCACAGAGGGUUUCUACCACAGACUGCCUUUGCUCAUGGGUGGCCAAGCUUCCAUGAAGCCAGAGUAUGGAAGACCUGGAGAGAAGUCCCCAACCCCCAAACAGGAGCUUCAUCAGCCUUCCUUUCCUGUGCAGCAGUUCCCUCCCCUGCCCAUGCCUGGGAACCAUGCGGACUGUGGGUGCCUCUUUGAGUCCUCGGAUCUGCCGCCGCUGAACGGCUUUUACGUCUGCUAUGGCCAAAGUGGGUACAGUGGCUACCCCCACUGCUCUCUCUACCCCAAGGACCAGCUGUCACAGCCUGCUGCCUGCGAGGGGCUCUUGGUGUCACCCAGCUCCUUGCCCUCGGGUGCUCAUUUCCAGCCAUUGCACUGGUGUAGCUCCCCAUACUGCUGUGGGGAGGGCACAGCCAUCAGCAGCUACAAUGUUUGCGGGGUGCUGCAGGUGCCUGAGGGCAGGGUGGGCAGCCUGCACACAGGGCGCAGCACCUAUCCCUACAAAAUGCCUUUUGCAGCAGAAGGCUGCAAGUCUCUGGACCAGCUGAACCUCACAAUCCCCAUGGCAGGACACCCCGCGUCACCUGCCCACCCGCUCUCAGGAUGUCCUGUACCCAGCGUGCCACCGGCUGCAGAACCUGUUCCUCACCUGCAGACCCCCAACUCUGACCCCCAGAGCACAGCCCGAGAAUGUCCACAGAGCUCCAAGCCUCCCAGCGGCUCCAAGUCCGGGCUGCGGAACGCCCCCGGCUGCCUGCACGCCUCGGACAGCAAGGCCGCAGGGGCUCAUUGCCACCCCAAGCAGCAGCGCAUCGGCAGGAGGAGAGCCACCAAUGGCUGGAUGCCCGUGGGCACCGCCUGUGAGAAGGCUGUCUACGUGGUGAACGAACCGGAGCCAGCUGUUCGCAAGAGCUACCAGGCUGUGGAGAGGGACGGGGAAGUCAUCCGGGUGCGGGACACUGUGCUGCUGAAGUCAGGGCCCCGCAAGAAGUCCAUGCCCUACGUUGCCAAGAUCUCGGCGCUGUGGGAAGACCCCAAAACAGGGGAGCUGAUGAUGAGCCUGCUGUGGUACUACAGACCUGAGCACACUCAGGGAGGCCGCAGCCCCAGCAUGCACCAGAAUGAGAUCUUUGCAUCCCGGCACCAGGACGAGAACAGCGUGGCCUGCAUUGAGGAGAAGUGCUAUGUGCUGACCUUUGCAGAGUACUGCAGAUUUUGUGCCUUGGCCAAGCGCCGAGUGGAAGGCAUCCCGGGCAGGAAGGCUGUGAUGGUUCCUCCCUCAGAGGAGUACACCACGCCCCUGCACCGCAAGGUGCCUGAGGACACCGACCCCGAGCUGGUCUUCCUCUGCCGCCAUGUCUACGACUUCCGGCACGGCCGCAUCCUCAAGAACCCGCAGUAG